AUGGCGCAAGACCUAAGAUCACAGGACAUCAAGAACCCAAUCGACGUCGCAGAAUACCUCUUCCGCCGACUCAAGCAGGUGGGCGUCGAAUCCAUCCACGGCGUUCCCGGCGACUACAACCUGGUCGCUCUCGACUACAUCUCGAAGAAUGGCCUGAAGUGGGUCGGCAACUGCAAUGAGCUCAACGCUGGCUACGCAGCAGAUGGCUACGCCCGCAUCAAGGGUGUCUCUGCCCUCGUCACCACCUUUGGUGUCGGUGAGCUGUCUGCAGUCAACGCCAUUGCAGGCGCCUACUCUGAAUACGUCCCCAUUGUGCACAUUGUGGGCUACCCAUCCACGCUGUCGCAGAGAGAUGGCGCGCUUCUGCACCAUACCCUCGGCAACGGCGACUUCACCGUUUUCUCGAGAAUGUCAAAGGAAAUCUCCUGCGCCGUAUCCAUGCUGAACAACGUACACGAGGCAGCCACGCUCAUCGACAACGCCCUUCGGGAAUGCAUCAUUCAGUCCAGACCCGUGUACAUCUCUCUCCCUACAGACAUGGUGCAGAAGAAAGUAGACGGCGACAGACUCAACACUCCACUCGACCUCGACUACCCUUCCAACGAGCAGGAGCAAGAAGACUACGUAGUCGAUGUGGUCCUCAAGUACCUUCAUGCUGCCAAGAACCCCGUCAUCCUCGUGGACGCCUGCGCUAUCCGACACCGAGCGCUCAAGGAGACGCACGAACUCGUCAAGAAGUCCGGCCUACCCACCUUUGUUGCGCCAAUGGGCAAAAGCGCAGUCGACGAGACCCUCCCCAACUUUGGCGGCGUGUACGCAGGCGACGGCAGCAACAAGGGCGUCCGCGAGCGCGUCGAGUCUUCUGACCUCGUCCUCAGCAUCGGUGCCAUCAAGUCCGACUUCAACACCGCAGGCUUCACCAUCCGCCAAUCCCAGCUCAACACCAUCGACUUCCACAGCUACGGCGUCAAAGUCCGCUACUCCGAGUACCCAGGUGUGCGCAUGAACGGCGUCCUCACCAAAAUCACACAGAAGCUCGGCCAGCUCAACAUCGAAAAGGGACCUGAUCCCAACAACGACAUCCCCAGCGACGAGCUCAAGUCGCCCGAACCCACAAUCACACACGCCUGGUUCUGGCCGCGCCUGGGUCAGUUCCUGCAAGAAUUUGACAUCAUCAUCACCGAAACCGGCACCUCCAACUUUGGCAUCUGGGAGACGCGCUUCCCCGCCCAUGUCAACGCCAUCAGCCAAGUCCUAUGGGGCAGCAUCGGCUACGCGACAGGCUCCUGUCAAGGCGCCGCGCUCGCUGCGCGCGAAAAGGGCAUCAAGCGCACCAUCCUCUUCACCGGCGACGGCUCGUUCCAGCUGACGGUGCAGGAGCUCUCCACCAUGAUCCGCAACAAACUGAAUCCCAUCAUCUUCAUCGUCUGCAACCAGGGGUACACCAUCGAGCGCAUGAUCCACGGCUGGCAGGAUAGCUACAACGACGUCCAGGAGUGGCGGUACAAGGACCUCCCUGCCGUGUUUGGCGCGAAAGAGGGCUCCGUGCUGACGUACAGAGUCGAGUCGAAGCAGCAGGUCGAGGAGCUGUUCAACAACGACGAGUUCAAGAGUGGCGAGACGGACAAGAUGCGCUUCGUCGAGCUCGUCAUGCCCUGGGAUGAUGCGCCCGCUGCCCUCAAGGGCGUUGCUGAGGCUGCGGCGAGGAAGAAUGCGCAGGCCGACUAA